ACGUCAUCUCCCAACAGCCAUUGUACCGCAUCUUCCCUUCUUUCCUGUUCUCUCAUUUUCUACUCUUUCACAAUGGCAGAAGAGAUUCAAAUAAACGUCAAAGGACCGGGCGAAAUCAAACUCCAGAUAACGAUCGCGACAGAUAAAACGGUUCUCGAGCUGAAGCAAGCAGUCGCUGAGAAAUCCGAUGUAGAGGCAGAGCGGCAGAGGCUCAUUUAUUCUGGACGUGUCUUGAAGGACGAAGAUGCUCUUUCUACGUACAAAAUCAGCUCUGGACAUACGAUUCACAUGGUGAAAGGAGUGGCACGGGGGAAUACGUCUUCGUCAGCAGCAGCACCGCAGCCCCUUCCUACCAUGCAAACGGGACAAAAUCCUCACGACCCACUUACGCUGCUCAACAGUCACCUUGGAUAUGGUGCCAUGGCAGGCAUCAACCCCUUCGCUGAUAUGGGACUAAACCAGAACGACCCCAAUAUGCUUCAAACGAUGAUGAACUCACCCGAGUUUCUGCAACAAAUGGCUGGAAUGAUGUCAAACCCUGCCGUUCUUGACCAAAUCAUCGCUUCUAAUCCACAGUUGCAAGCCAUGGCUCCACAGGCCAGAGAGAUGUUUCAGAGUGAAGGAUUCCGUCAGAUGAUUUCGGACCCGCAACGACUUCAACAAAUGAUGCAGAUGGCGUCAAUGCUUCAGGGCGGUGGGGCGGGCGGACUGGGUGGAAUGGGCGGAUUUGGAAUGGGUGGAGGCGGAAGUAGCUUCCCUGCUCCUGGUGUGCCAGGUGGUGGUACACCCACUACUGGAGCAGCAGCAGCCACAAGUCCUAGGACAGGUGCAGCAGCAGCCGGAACGGGGACGACCCCACUACCAACAAAUCUAUUCAAUCCCUAUGGCGGCAUUCCCCCUGCACCCACUCAGAACGCUCGUCCGCCGUUUGCACUCGAUCCUGCGUUGGCGCGGCAGCUUUUGUUAGGAGGCGGACUGCCUGGUGGACUUGCUGGUGGACCAGGCGGAUUUGGUGCCGCACCCACCGCACCGACGGACACGAGAUCGCCCGAGGAGCGGUUCCAGGUUCAGCUGCAGCAGCUGCAAGAUAUGGGUUUUACAAAUGCAUCACAGAAUGUUCGAGCCCUGUUGGCCACAGGCGGUAAUGUGCAUUCAGCGAUUGAAUAUAUUCUCGGUGGUGGUGGGGUAUGAAUGUAGCAGGCCGAUGUCAUUGUAACCUCUUUAGUGCUGAUUGUUUCAAUCUACUGACGUAGAAUGCGAGACCAGAGUGCAUUUUCGCCCAAUCUUUCCAAAGAUGUGUUACGUACGACGCAGAAUAUUUUGACGUUGACUGCAACCACGGAAACCUAAAACCUCCUCAGUUACUGUACCGGAUUUCCUCAUAGAUCUCAUUAAUUGCGAGCACAGCGAGCA